GCGGUGGCAGAUGAUUAUUAUCACCCUGGGAAGUGCACCAUUUGCCAGGAUCAUCCCAAACCCAGCUCUGCUUGGUCUCGCUUGCUUACCUUCUCAUUAUGGCCUCAGAGAUCUCCACGUCAAGCUCGGCGUCUAAGCCCAAGAUCGAUUUGUCCAAGAAGCUUUCCGAACUUCGAGCAAGCAAGAGCAGAUCAAGUACAGCACCCUCCAAAGAGCCCGCACCAGUCACCCCGCCUCUACCUAAUCCUCCGGACCUCACAUCUCACAAAUAUUUCCGGCCGGUCCGUCGAAUUCUAUCACGAGCGGAUCACGAACUCUUCCUUUCCUCUCCAACAUAUAGUUUGAUCCUCGGCUUCAUCUUCGGGCUCACCGAUUCUGUACGAGGACGAGCAACGACUGAUGUCGGCAAGCCAUCCCCCGCGUUGAAUAAAGUACAAUCCGUUGUCGUCCAAAUACGAUCACUCCUCGAAAAGCACCCUUCCCUUGAUCAGGGCGGCUCGCGGUUCGGUAACCCCGCUUUUCGGGAUCUAUUCGACGAUGUCGCGAGGCAGAGCGAGGCAUGGCAUCGAGACACAUUCGGAUUCGAAGAUUCGGCACUCAUAGAGGAGGCGUCUACGUACCUUAUACACUCUCUAGGGUCGCGGGAUCGACUUGACUACGGAUCAGGUCACGAGUUGAACUUCAUGAUGUGGCUCCUAUGCCUCCGUCAAGUGCACAUGUUUUCGAAUGCCGACUUCCCAGCCAUUGUCUUCCACGUAUAUGUGAGCUACAUGCUAUUAAUGCGCGACAUCCAAACCACAUACUAUCUUGAACCUGCUGGCUCUCACGGUGUCUGGGGCCUCGAUGACUACCAUUUCCUUCCAUUCCUUUUCGGCGCCUCGCAGCUCGUUGCCCAUCCCUACAUCACCCCGCUGUCAAUCCACAACAUGGCGGUACUCGAGGAAGAAAGUGACAAUUAUGUCUACUUGGACCAGGUGCGGUGGGUGGAUAGCGUGAAGACUGUGAAAGGACUACGCUGGCAUAGUCCCAUGCUGGACGAUAUCUCGGGGGCGAAAAAUUGGAGCAAGAUCGAAGGCGGAAUGAAGAAGAUGUUUGUCAAGGAAGUUCUGGGCAAGCUUCCCAUUAUGCAGCAUUUCCUUUUCGGCAGCUUGCUGCCUGCCGCGCCUGGAAUGACGGAGGUUACGGAUGACAUGGAGAGCGAGGAGCACGAACAUGACCAUGGACACGGUCAUGAUCAUCAAAACCACCUUGACUGGUUUGGCGAUUGCUGCGGUAUCAAGGUCCCCAGCACGGUUGCUGCGGGAGCCGAGAUGCGGAAAAGAGGGGGAGGUUCGGGCUUACGCCCGAUCCCUUUUGAUUAGAAUUUAUGAUUUACGAUUGAGGGCGAACAACGGCCGCAGGAGGAACAACAAGGAGGCAGCAUCACAAGAUUAAUAGUAUGAAGUAACCAAAAGGUACUACAAAUAGCAUAGAACAUAGUUUUGGAACAA